AUGUUUUACCCACUGGAACUUCCAAGGCCCCGUCGACCACUUUACUGGAAUUACAAAGGCAAUAAUACUGGACUCAUCCAGACGCAGCAGGAUCCUAAAAAUGGUAGUCGAUUGGGAAAACUGUGGUGUCUUUUACUGCCUUAUCUCAAGGGGUAUGCUGCAGAAUCAUCCGUACACGGUAUACGAUAUUUGGCCGAUCCCAAGAUGAAGAAUUAUUAUGAAAUCAGGUUAAUCUGGCUGCUGAUUCUGGUGACCACCAGCAUUGGGGCCAUUGUGGUUUACGUGGACCUGAACGAGCUUUACCAGACGGUGCGCAUUCAGACCACCAUCAAGAACACCAUGCUCCCGAUUUUCCGUGUGCCAUUUCCGGCGAUUGGCGUCUGCCAGCGGAAUCGCGUCAAUUGGAUGCUACUGGAGAAUGGGGCAGCUGAGCACUUUCUAGGUGCCAACGUUUCUGCGGCCCAAAAGGAUGUCUUUAUUAAGUUCUUUACUGCUGCAGGAGAUCCACACUUGUCGCGCAUUAACGAAAUGUCCAACUUCUUUAGUAAUGCGUCUCUGGUUGCUGAUUUACACCUGCUAGAUGGCUUAGAUCUUCGCGAGGUCUAUAUGUACCUCCAGUUUAGAUGCCAAGAUCUGUUCUUCUCCUGUCGCUGGCGGGGAAAUCCAGUAAACUGCUGCGAGGUUUUCGAGCACCAGUUCACGGAGUCCGGCUUGUGCUUCGUUUUUAACACGGAAAUCAGUCCAUCAUCACGAAAAAGAGCGAAGGAGGACAAGUACUACCCCCUUCGCACUCCGCAGUAUGGCGAAGGUUCGGGUAUAGAUAUUUUCCUGAGGCUCAACAGAUCCCUGAUCCGUCCGGGAAAACGUGGUAUAAAUGUGAUGAUCAAGCAGCCGCAGCAGUGGAGCGAUGUGGUGCGGCAUGUGCCACAUGAAGCCCACACCAAGAUCAGCUUGGUGCCCCGGUUCACGGUCACGGAUGAACGCACCCGGUCCGUGACUCCGGAAGUCAGGAGAUGUAUCUUUGGUGAUGAGAUCGAUAAUCCGCAGUACAAGAACCUGCCGGGAUUUGAGUACUGGGUGGGAAACUGCCGCAGCAGAUGUCAUCAGGAACACGUAAUCGAUCUGUGCAAUUGCUCGCCCUCCAUUUUCUUUCCAGUCACUGAUAAAGACAACUUUACAGUUUGCAAAGCUUCUGACUUUAAGUGUCUCUACGACAAUAGACUUACCUUUAGUAUUGAACGCCAUCCUGAAGAGAACGAUUUUGUAAAUAAUCCUUUUAAGGAAAGCAUGAUCUGUGACUGUUUCACCAGCUGUACUCAGCUUAUUUUUGAGCGCAUUUAUAGCACCACAUCACUGGAUUAUAAUGAAACCAAUACCGAGACUGGUUCAAUGCGCUUAGAGAUUUUUUACCAGUCCGGCUGGAUUAUCCAGUAUCAGACCACCAUGAGAUUUACCUUUGUGGAAUUAUUGGCUAGUUUUGGUGGUAUAAUCGGUCUUUUCCUUGGCGCCUCUUUACUAAGUGCCAUUGAGUUGGCCUAUUAUUUUUCGAUUGGUCUUUAUUUGUACAUCAAUGGUAAAAGAAAGUUGAAAAAACCCGAACCCCGCAUCAUAACUGUACCAUUUGGUCAGAGAAAAAUAACACCAAUUAAAUACACACAUUAAGCCUUUAAAA